CUGGCUGUGGCGUUGGAUGAUGCCGGAUCUGGGCGGAUGAGCGGCGAGCGAUGACGAUGCUAGGAUGGUCAUCCUUAGAAGAUGAUGAACACGUCACUUGGAAUCCUGACCGUCAUGCUCUGCGCAGCCAUUUUUGCUAGUGCCCGACACGAAGCCGUCGUCAUGGAUACGAACCCAAACAAUACUCAGUCACCAACGACAACAGUUCUGGCGGAAAGGAGGGAGAAUACGACAUCGGGAAGUCUCUCACUUGUAGAGAACAAAAUGGAAGUGACUACCGGAGUCGUCGCAAGGUCCUUUCCCCACAGAACGACACAGCAUCGGAAACGACACGCUAUGCAUACGGUUAGAACCGUUCCACGGACGGAUACAGAACGGGGACUGGUACAUACUGUGGCGAGGAAAGAUCCAGUGGAAGCUGAAGUAGGACAUAAAAUAGCGAUGCCUCGACAUGUGGAUAACAACAGCACGCACUUACUGAAAAGGACUACCAGAGAACCACAACAUGUUCCCACCACAGACGAACCUUUGUGGAAUUCUACUUUUCUCAGCAGCAGCUUCGCCAGACUGCAGCGCGGAGGGAUAUCUCUGCAGCGCGGAGGGAUAUCUUCCCCGGUGUGCCCCGCCUUCUGCUGCUCCGUGAACGUGUCUUGUCACUACACCUACGACAUCCACCUGAAGCCCAGGUGCGGCUGCGCAGAUACCGGUAACGGUACCAACACGUGCUCCGUACCGGGUAACUCAGACAUGAGCUGGAUGCCUGUCCUGCAGCGGCCUCCCUGGGUGCAGGGCACGUGUUUGGGGUCAUGGACCGAGAGGGAGUCAGGUGAAGAUAACUCCACGGGGCUGAAGCUCCACUGUCACGUGGACCAAGUAGACGACUUCACCUUCACCGUGGUGCAUUGGAACGUGAGUCCGCCAGGGGGCGCCUUUCCCUUCCGACCGUGCAUUGUGUUUGUUCACGUGAACAACACUGAGCCUGCGCACUACGUAAAGACCACGGUGGACAUCGUGAUUCAGUACUUUGGCUUCGGGUUGAUCUUUUUGUUUAUCGGAGUCAUCAUGAGUUCCUGUAAGAACAUCAAGGCCUGA